GCGAACCAGCCGCGUGGGGGGUGGUGCCCGCUCCUUAUGUGGUCUCCCGGUGGAUGCACAAGCGCCGCGCCCCCGCCGUGACUGGCUGAUAGACCCUGUGGGGUAGCGCCCACCCCCACCGUGCCGGGGCCGAUGCAGACGCAGCUUCCCCCGGGACGGAGAGUGACGCCGCCUCCGCUCCAGAGCCGGCUCUCGGCUGAGCACGCGGGGCCUCGUUAUUGAAACGGCGCUAAUGUCGCAGCGGGCCCGGCCACGACUUUCCGCGCGCUCGGGGGCGCGGGGCGGCUGCGAUCGGGGAGCGGCCACGAGACACGUGCCCGGCCGGCCGCGAUGGGAGAGCCGGGCGCAGCAGAGCCGGGGGCGGAGUUGGAGGGGAAGGGGGGGGGUCUCUGCCCAGAGUUAGGCGCCGUCGUCGUCCCCCGACGAGCUGUCGACAUGAGACGCCUUCGCCGUAGGUCGUUCAGAUCAACGUGAUCCUCGACUGGGAGAGUAGAAGUUGCGGGGGCGUCUCCCAAGGCCAGCCCCGCGGUAGCUGGGGUAGAUGUAGGAUCCUCCUGCUCCUUUCUUACAAGGAGGAUCAAAUGGCUGAUACUGUGGACAUUUAGGGUAUGUCUACACUUACCCUUUAAAGCUCAAAAAGUCCCUUGUUUGCGCUAAAACUCUGGGAGCAUCUACGCUUGUUAAUGACUUUUUGCCGUUAAGUAAACCACCUUCGCAAGAGGCAUACAGCUCUUACCGCUGUUUUUUAUGUGCUGCUGUGAAAGUGAAGACACGUUCUAGCAGUGUAAACACCCUUUGGCCUCCGGAGGAUAUCCCACCGUUCCAAAAGCGAACACCCUGGCCAGCUGCUCUGACGCAUGGACAUCCGCCCCUCCACCUGAAUGUCUGAAAGUCAAGGGACAAACAGUGGAAGCCACACCAGCAAGAUUGGUUCCAACAGUGGUAGCUCUGCUGUGUGCUUUGGACAGAACCAGUAUACAGCAGAUGAAUACCAGGCCAUUCAGAAUGCCCUGCGUCAGAGGCUGGGUCCGGAGUACAUCAGCAGCCGGCAGGCUGGUGGAGGACAGAAGGUUUGUUAUAUUGAGGGUCACAGGGUCAUCAGUCUGGCCAAUGAAAUGUUUGGCUAUAAUGGCUGGGCUCAUUCAGUCACUCAGCAGAAUGUUGAUUUCGUUGAUCUCAACAAUGGCAAAUUCUAUGUGGGAGUUUGUGCAUUUGUGAAAGUCCAACUCAAGGAUGGGUCGUACCAUGAAGAUGUGGGUUACGGAGUGAGUGAAGGCCUGAAAUCUAAGGCAUUGUCCCUAGAAAAGGCAAGGAAAGAAGCAGUGACAGAUGGACUGAAGAGGGCACUCAAGUGCUUUGGAAAUGCUCUUGGGAACUGCAUCCUGGACAAAGACUACCUGCGAUCAGUGAAUAAACUUCCUCGUCAGCUGCCUCCUGAGUUGGAUUUGGCCAAAGCAAAAAGGCAAGACUUUGAGCCCGCAAUAGAGAAGGCUAGAUACAGUAGCUGUCUGCAGAAGCAGAGUGCAGGGCAACCCCAGCACUGUGAGAGCCUGUCCCCACGCAAACCUGAACAGGAGGUGACUUCCUUAAGCACAGCUGAGCAGGAGCAGCAAAACAGCUCCAGACAUAACAUCACCUUAGUCUGUGGGAGUGAUGCUACUUACCAGCGGAAGUUACGACAGAAGCAGCUUCAGCAGCAGUUCCGGGAGCAAAUGGAGAAAAAACAGCUGGCAGUAGCCAAUCCAGUCAGCAAACAGACAGCCUCUCAUCCCUCACUGGUGAAACACAGCACUCCAGCAGCAGCACAACAGGAGCCAGCUGCAGAAGAGGAGUUCUUUGCAGAUGACCCUGAGCUUUGGGACAUUCCCCUAGAGACCACUACUCUCAGUGAUUCGGAGAGCCACAAAAAAGGAGCUGUAGCAGCCCAGGCUCCUGCAACGCCUCUUGGACACUAUCACAUGAUGACUCGCAGCAGGACCCCUCAAACAAUGAACCCUAAGAAACCACAUGAGAGAGCUGCACAAUGGCAGGUGUCCCCUAGGCACAGGCCUUACAGCCCCUCUUCCAACCAAGGUGCACGAGCAGAGUGCAGCCCAUACAGGAAGAGCCAAGGUAUGAAGAAAAGGAAACUGGAACCCUCCUAACAGACAGGACAGCACCCGAAGUGUUACUUUCCUCGUGAUCAUUUGAGCAUUACAACCAUAUUUUCAGACGCACAUCUCAAGAACCUGUUUAAACACAAGGAAAUCUAGUGCAUUAGAUCCACGACUUUCAUGCAAUGCUAAUCAUUGACAAUCUUCUGUCAUAACUCUUUACUUACUUUAGCCCCUCAUAAUGUGCUUGAUGUCCCCUCUUGUGGUUAAAAAGUUUGAUGCAUUAUUUCUUCCUGAGUGAAGCAGUUGGGGAGCCUGCCCAGUGCCAGGGCCUGUUAUUUUAACUCCUUCGGAAUGACAUGAAACGUAACUCUACUCCCUGCAGAUAACUGAAGGAUGCCCUACUACUUUGCAUUUCAUUAGAGGGAGUAGUUUCCUUUAAUGUGGAUAGGAUUCAGUAAGAUCAGAUCCUGGAAAGAAUUAUUUGAAUGGAGAUUUUAGUAUGUGGCUGGAUGUGUUACAAAGGACUAAAAUUGACUAGUUCUUUUUAGGUACUUGUGUUUUUAUAUUAAACUUUAUCCCCUUUUCUUAUGGAAAAAUGUGAAUAAACAUGCAAAAUCAGA